AUGUCAUCCCAAGAGAAAUCCCCCUCCUACACCACCAAGCCGCACGCCUUCCUCCUCACGCCCCAAGAUGCCGCCGCCCAACUCAGCAGCAAUCUCGAAACGGGUCUCACCACCCGCCAAGUGCAAACUAUCCAGACGUCGCAUCCCCCAAACGAACUCAACACCGGCGGAUCCAUCUCGUGGUACAAAAUCCUACUCAAACAAAUAUCCAACGCCAUGAUCCUCGUGCUCGUAUUCGCCAUGGCGCUCAGUUUUGGCGUUGGCGAUUAUAUCGAAGGAGGAGUGCUGGUUGCUGUCAUCGUGCUCAAUGUGCUGAUUGGAUUUUUCCAAGAAUUUAGCGCCGAGAAGAAGAUGGAUUCGUUGCGAGCGCUUUCUUCGCCUUCGGCUUCGGUAUUGAGGGGUGGUUCGGUGGUGGUGGUUCCCAGUGCGGAGGUCGUGCCCGGUGAUAUCGUAUUGUUGAAGAUGGGUGAUACGGUGCCGGCAGAUCUGCGCAUAUUUGAAGCUAUGAAUUUAACGUGCGAGGAGAAGAGUUUGACGGGAGAAUCGGAACCUGUGGAGAAAUUUACUUCGAAUGGGAUUUUCGUGCCGGGGAUGGAAGAGAUAGCGACGAGCGAGGAACAAGUCGGCAUUGCUGAUCGGGAUAACAUGGCAUAUUCUACCACGACGGUCAUCAAAGGUCGAGGAAGAGGUAUUGUUGUAUUUACGGGCAUGCAAACUGAAGUUGGGAAGAUUGCAGCUUCGACUACGAAGAAACAGCGGAAAGAGGGACGAUCGAUGAAUUAUAAGAAAUAUGGAAAAGCGCAGCCUGUGAAGGGAGCAGCUAGACGUACUUACGAUUUUGUAGGAAAGUUUCUGGGACUCACUGAAGGUACUCCAUUGCAAAGGAAAUUAAGCAAGGUUGCGUAUAUCCUCUUCGGGUGCGCGAUUCUACUAUCAAUUGUGGUAUUUGGCGUGAAUAGAUUCAUAGUUACUGAUGAAGUGGCCAUUUAUGCUAUUUCCACGGGUAUUGCUAUCAUUCCUGAAUCUUUGAUCGCAGUCUUGACAAUAACAAUGGUUGUUGGUAUGACCGUUAUGCGUAAGGCUAAUGUUGUCGUCCGAGAUUUGUCGGCACUCGAAGCACUUGGUGGAGUAACAAACAUUUGUUCUGAUAAAACCGGUACACUCACACAAGGAGCUAUGAUCGUCAAGAAAGUAUGGCUUCCUAAAGUUGGAAUCUAUACCGUGAACCACUCUAUGGAUCCCAACGAUCCUACCGAAGGUACAGUUACCAAAGCUCCACCUACGUCCGAGGAUAUGCAGAAGUCAUCCCCCAGCGAAAAUGCUGCCAUGGACUUCGAUAAUCAGAGAAGUGCGGCUGCCCUUACAUUCGAUAUCCCUGCUGAAAAGGCUGCGAGAGAUCAAAACAAGAACGCGUCAUCGAAACAUGAUGAAGAGCCUGCCGAACUGACACUAGAGCUCGAAAGUUUUCUUCAUUCUACUGCGCUUUGCAACCUUGCUACUGUCAACAAUGAAGUUGUAGAGGGCGAGACUACGAGAAAAUGGCAAACCACUGGUGAGCCAACAGAGAUUGCUUUGCAAGUAUUCACGCACCGGUUCGAUUCUGGGAAAAGAGUGCUUGAAAACAAAGGAUGGAAACAAGUCGCCGAAUUUCCAUUUGACAGUAGCAUUAAAAGGAUGUCGGUGAUCUACCAACGACCAGAUGGAGGGAAUACGGUGUUCACAAAAGGAGCUGUUGAAAGGGUAUUGGAUCUUUGCUCCUCGGCUGGAAGCGGAAGUACAAAUGAGUUAAUGACGGAAGAAUUGAAGGAGAAAAUAAUUCGACAAAUGGAUAGAUUUGCCGAGCAAGGUCAAAGAGUCCUCGCAGUAGCAGCUAAGCCCUACACUAGGAACCCCACACCGGAGGACAAGAAUGGUGACGACACUUUGCGAGGUGAAGUGGAACAGGAUCUUACACUUCUCGGUCUUGUUGGAAUCUACGAUCCUCCGCGCGACGAGACUAAAGAUGCUAUCCGAGAAUGUACUCAGGCCGGAAUCAAAGUCCACAUGCUCACAGGCGACCAUCCUUCCACAGCUAAAGCAAUUGCACAGGAGAUUGGCAUUAUUCCAAGAAAUCUUGGAACGUUACCCGCUGAUGUCUCUGCAUCGAUCGUUAUGAAGGCUACUGAAUUUGACCAUCUCACCAAUGCACAAAUAGAUGCACUACCAACACUUCCUUUGGUUCUCGCUCGUUGUGCACCGGAUACAAAAACACGCAUGAUCCAUGCAUUGAGAAGGAGAGGACUAUACAUGGCAAUGACAGGUGAUGGAGUGAACGAUGCGCCCAGUCUUUCCGAGGCAGAUGUCGGAAUUGCAAUGGGUAUCGCAGGCUCCGAUGUUGCUAAAUCAGCUUCUAAAAUCGUGCUUCUCGACGAUAAGUUCAACAGUAUUGUAUCCGCUAUCCGUGAAGGUCGUCGUAUGUUCGAUAAUAUCCAAAAAUUCGUCUUGCAUCUCCUUUCUUCAAACGUGGGAGAAGUCAUACUACUUAUCGCAGGUUUGGGAUUCCAGGACAGCAACAAACAAUCAGUGUUCCCACUGAGUCCAUUACAAAUUCUUUGGAUCAACAUGCUUACCUCCAGUUUCCCGGCUUUUGGAUUGGGAAAGGAGAAAGCAAGUUCGAGCGUUAUGAAACGUCCACCACAUGACAAUAAGAGAGGGGUUUUCACCACACAAAUCCUUGUUGACAUGGUCGUGUAUGGUAUUUUGAUGGGGACCUGCACACUUCUCACCUUUGUGAUAAUCAUCUAUGGGGUGAACAAUGGAAAUCUUGGUCAUGAUUGCAACCGCAAAUAUGGCGAUACUUGUGGCCCGGUCUUCAGAGCUCGUGCAGCAGUCUUUGCGGAGUUGACUUGGUUGAUUCUCAUCUCAGCAUGGGAAUUCAAGUCUAUUCGUAGAAGUAUGUUCCGUCUAGAUCCAACGUCCCAGAGUUCAUUUCCAUUCUUCAAGGAUGUGUAUGAGAACCGCUUUUUGUUCUGGGCAGUUGUCAUUGGUGCAUUGUCUGUAUUCCCAGCUGUCUACAUCCCUGGCCUGAAUACCUCAGUCUUCAAGCACAUUGGAAUUUCCUGGGAAUGGUCCUUAGCGGUUGGAGCCGUUCUUAUUUUUGUCUUGGGAAUUGAAGCGUGGAAGGCGACGAAGAGGUAUUUUGGAUUGUUUGAGCAGCUUGAUGAAGAAGAAGCUGCGCGUGACCGUAAAUUGGGAUUGCGACAAGGUUUCUUCACGUUCGCCAAGUCGACGACGUCAAUAGGUAGAUCCUCGGUGGAUCAAUAUUCUAUCAAGGAGAAGGUUGCGGGAAUGGGUAGUUUGGGUGCAGCGCCGACGACGAGAUCGAUGCUCCGUGGAGAGUCUCGAGUAGGGACUGGGCUGAGCGGUGAUUCAGCCGAUCCAAGAUUGUAUCUCUGGAGCACCCCAAGCAAACUUCUUCGGGCCUAA